AUGACGCCGCAAUUCGAGCUGCAAAUCAUCAAGCCGGAGGACCGCAGGGACGUGGUGAACUUCGUCAGGAAGCACUUCAUGCGUGACGAGCCCAUAAACCGAGCGAUAAACCUCAUAACCGACGAGAAACCGAUCAACGAAGACCUGGAGAACUACCUGCUGAAGGACUUCGCCAGCGGAUUCGGCCUGAAGGCGGUCCAAAACGGCAACAUCGUCGCCGUUAGCAUCGGCUCCAUUUUGAAAAGGGACGAACGCGAGGACGAGGACGAUGAAAACUUGCAGAGUAGUAACCAGGAUUUCCACACCAUUGUGAAUUUUCUCAAGUACAUCGACCGGCAUUCGAAUUCCUUCGACUGGUUCCCUGGAAGUCGAACCGCCAUCACUGUGGGGAUCCUGGCGGUGCAUCCUUGUUGCAGGGGCAUGGGCAUGGCUGGACGAUUGCUGAAUAAAACUUGGGAGCUGGGCAAAGAGGCCGGAUGCGAUUUCAUGACGGUGGAGUGUUCCAGUUAUUUUACGGCCAGGGCGUUGGAGAAGUUGGGUUUCGAGCAAAUUUACAGGCUAGAUUAUAAGGAUUACAAAGUGGACGGGGAGAUAGUGUUCAAAACGGAACCGCCUCACGUGGCCUCUACUGUGUAUGUAAAGAAGGUUCAAUAA